AUGGAUUAGAGCUUGCUCAAAUGUCACUGAGAAACAUCACACAAACAUGAAAAUGUCAUCGCUGAGGUCAUUAGGCACUGAUGACAGAUUUACGCUUUCCCACACACUGAGCAGCUACUCAGUAGCAGCAGCUAUACAAGUUACACCCUUGUUUUAACAGAACCACACGCUGCAGAAUAUCAUAAUAUUUAUACAAUUUCAUGUAUACAUUGUCUAACCUUUACUCAAGCAGCCAUACAUCAUUAAUGAGUCAAUGGCCUGAAGGUUACUGCACUUACUGAACUCCAGAGGAGGUAUAUAAAGAGUGACUCCCCUCAGGACAAUGUUACCUUCCACUGCUGCAAGUCUUCUGACCAUCUCAGCAAGAUGACUUCAGGUUUUCGCUUCAUUGCGGUCCUUAGUUUGACCAGUGGACUAUGGAUGGGUGCAAAUACAGAAUGUCAGACAAAAACAGAGGACUGCUGUAAGCCCUGUCCGUCUGGUUGGACUCAGUUCGGCUCUCGCUGUUUCAUGUUUAACUAUGCCGAAAAGGAUUGGGCUGAUGCUGAGAUGUUUUGCAUUGGCCUUGGAGGGAAUCUGGCUUCACUCAAAGCGGCUGAAGAUUACACAUUUCUCAGAGAUAUCGUAAAAAAAUCAACAGGUUCAGAUAAAUCUACUUGGAUUGGAGGCUUUGAUGCAGUCAAGGAAGGUGUGUGGCAGUGGAGUGAUGGCUCAAAGUUUGUCUUCAAAGGCUGGUACCUCGGGGAGCCAAACAAUACUGAUAAAGCAGAACACUGUAUGGAGAUUAACUUUGAAGGACAGGACUACGUGAACGACAUGAAGUGCAAUGAGAAGAAAUCUUUCAUUUGUGCGUUUGACCUGUGAUGCUACAUGUUCAGCGACAAUGUCAUUUCUGUCAAGAUAACACCCCUGGAUGAUAUCAGUGAUCGAAAACGUUUUGACAAUUUGACUGAUUUUAAGUUUUUACCAAUAAACCGAUGCAGUAUACUCAGUCA